ACUACUUCCUUUCGAGCUGUUUCUAACAAGUUAGGUGCCGGUACUGGGAUACACUCAAAGAAGCUCGCUCAGUGUGGAGUUUUAUUAAGGCUCCUGCUCGAAAGAGAACCUCGCCGGCCUGGACCUCAACAAUGGGGGGUUGCGGCUGCUUCAGCAUCACAACGCUCGCAAGCAAGCGCCUUCACUCCAAGUUCGUGUCCGCGGGUCUGGAAUUAAGAUCGAUCCAAGCGGACAACACCACAGUGAUCCAGUGCUGGGUUCCCAAGCGGAAAAAAUCCUCUAGCAGCGGCAGCUCCAAGCGCGCGGUGCUGCUGAUCCACGGCUUUGGAGCCAAUGCAAUGUGGCAGUGGUCCUCGCAACUCAAGGAGCUGGGGUCGGAGAUGGAGCUCUACAUCCCAAACUUGAUCUUUUUCGGGGAGUCGACCACCACCAGUCCCAACAGGUCGGAGGUGUACCAGGCCAAGAGCUUGAUGAACGUCAUGGAGGCGCUGGGAGUGCACAGGUUCGACGUUGUCGGUGUGAGCUACGGAGGGUUUGUGGCCUUCCGGAUGGCUCAUCUUUUUCCUCAGGCCGUGGAGAGGGUGGUGAUCGCGAGCUCCGGAGUUUGUAUGACUCCGCUGGACGUGGACUCCAUCACCAAGACGGCCAAAGUGGAGGCCGUGUCCGACUUUUUGCUGCCGACCACUCCCGACGAGCUCCGCAAGCUCAUUAAGUUGUCCUUCUACAGGCCGUCGUCGUGCCUCCUCGACUGCGUCCUUGAAGAUUACAUCAAUCUGCUGUACAUCGAGAGGCGGGAGGAGAAAGUGGAGUUGCUCCAAGGCUUGCAGCUGGGUGUUGAUCAGCAGGAGGAUCCAACGCCUCUGCCGGUUCUCACGCAGGAAUCUUUGAUAAUUUGGGGAGAGCACGACCAGAUUUUUCCUGUUGCGCUUGCGCACAAAGUGAAAAGCCAUCUGGGUGACAAAUCCAAGCUGGUUAUUCUCAAGAAAGCGUCGCACGCCGUCCAGAUUGAGCAAGCACACCAAUUCAACACUCACAUCCUCGAGUUCCUGAGACGCGGAGGAGGAAAGGCCUCCACAAAUGGCCGCGUCAAGAAGGCAUGAAUUCUUCGAAGAACACCUGAAUGAUUUCUUCAAAGAAUGUGCUGCCAAGGUGCCAAGGACGUGAAUUCCGUGCGAAAGAAUCAAGGAGACAAUAGAAAUAAUACUAGGACAAGAAUAUGUACAGGAGAAAAUAAGACAAUGGGUUUAUCUCAAAA